CGCGCAGGGAGAUGCCCAAAUCAAGAAAGAAAACGACAUAGAGAAAAAGAGACGCUCACUGAUUUACUCUUUCGCCCUAUCUUUUACUCUCUUCGCAAGGAAAAAGAAAAAAGAGUUUGAAAAGGGGCAGUGAGAAGCGGCGGGGCCCAGGACGCGGCUCGGUCCCGCGGGCAAGAACCACUUCCCGCUGGCCCCACCUUCCUGCUGGGCCCCACAUUCAAACACAAAAACCACAACUCUAAAAUUAAACCGCGUGUAAGAAGAUCCCAUUCAUCCCUUUCUCUGUAUCUGUGCCGGGCUCUCCUGACGCGUUGAAUUUUCAACCCUUUUUUAUUCUCUCUCUCUCUCUCUCUCUCUCUCUCUCUGGAGACUGGAAAGAGUGGAGAGUGGAGAGCUGAAAGCAGACUCGUUUUGUUUUUUCUUCGUCUGCUCCCUCUACUCGUGUCAUUCAAUUCCUCUCUCCAUCGACAUUCGCCACCACAUUACACAAAACGCUUCUUAAGGAAUCUCAACGAGAGAGAGAGAGCGUCACGAAUACUUCUUUGUAAUUUUUCAUUUUUUUCUGUUGAGAGAUAAAGAGAAGGCGGAAGGGGAGAGGGAAUGGGCUUUUGAGAGAGAGAGAGAGAGAGAGAGAGAGAGAGAGAGAGAGAGGUUGUUGAUGGAUACAGGAGGGCGUCUUGUUGCAGGUUCUCACAACAGGAAGGAGUUUGUUGUCAUCAAUGCGGAUGAGAUCGGUCGACCAAAGCCAUUGCUGGAUUUAAGUGGGCAGACUUGCCAGAUUUGUGGGGAUGAGGUUGAGAUAACAGUGAACAGAGAGCUCUUUGUUGCCUGCAAUGAAUGUGCUUUCCCUGUAUGCAGACCUUGUUAUGAAUAUGAGAGGAGAGAGGGAAAUCAGGCUUGCCCUCAAUGUCAAACCAGAUACAAGCGCCACAAAGGUAGUCCUAGAGUUGAGGGUGAUGAAGAAGAGGAUGAUGUAGAUGACUUGGAGCAUGAGUUUGAUUUCGGGGUAUAUGAUGGAAGAAGAGAUGCGCUGCAUACCAGAGAGGCAAUGUUUAAUGGAGAGCUUUGUGUUGGCCGUGGACUUCAAAGUGAUGAUUCAGUAUUCGCCGCUUCUCAGCUGCCGGAUCAAAAUUCUUCUCUUGAUCCCGAUAUUCGACUCCUAACCUAUGGCCAGGAGGAUUGUGGGAUUUCUUCUGAUCAUCGUGCUCUUAUCAUUCCGCCAUUUUUGGGACGUGGAAAACGGAUUCAUCCAAUACCCUUCCCUGAUUCCUCUGUUUCUUUGCAACCCAGACCGAUGGAUCCUAAGAAAGAUCUAGCAGUUUAUGGUUUUGGAAGUGUUGCAUGGAAGGAUCGAACCGAGAAGUGGAAGAAAAGACAGAAUGAGCUGCAGAUGAUUAAGCUUCAAAGUGGAAAUGGUGGAAACUCUAAUGGAGUUGGACCGGAUGAUCCCGAUUUGCCUAUGAUGGAUGAAGGCAGGCAACCACUGUCGAGGAAGUUACCCAUUCCUUCUGGCAAGAUCAAUCCGUACAGGAUGAUAAUUAUACUCCGCCUUGUGAUUCUUGGCUUCUUUUUCCAUUAUAGACUCCUGCACCCAGUUCCGGAUGCAUUUGGAUUAUGGUUGGCAUCAGUUAUUUGUGAAAUAUGGUUUGCAGUGUCAUGGAUCUUGGAUCAAUUUCCAAAAUGGUACCCCAUAGAACGAGAAACAUACCUGGAUCGACUAUCACUGAGGUACGAAAAAGAAGGGAAACCUUCUGAGUUAGCUGAUAUUGAUGUCUUUGUAAGUACGGUCGAUCCUCUGAAAGAACCUCCGCUCAUCACUGCAAAUACUGUUUUAUCCAUUCUUGCUGUGGACUACCCUGUCGAUAAGGUUGCAUGCUAUGUCUCGGAUGAUGGUGCUGCCAUGCUCACUUUUGAAGCGCUCUCUGAAACAUCUGAAUUUGCGAGGAAAUGGGUUCCUUUCUGCAAAAAGUUCAAUAUCGAGCCUCGUGCUCCAGAAUGGUAUUUUGCUCAAAAGAUUGACUAUUUGAAAGACAAAGUUGAUCCGGCUUUUGUGAGAGAGCGACGUGCUAUGAAGAGAGAAUAUGAAGAAUUCAAGGUUCACAUCAAUGGCCUGGUUGCCAUGGCACAAAAGGUUCCUGAGGAUGGUUGGACCAUGCAGGAUGGAACUCCAUGGCCUGGAAACAAUGUCCGAGACCAUCCUGGAAUGAUCCAGGUUUUCCUGGGCUGCAAUGGUGUCCGUGAUAUUGAAGGAAAUGAGUUACCCCGUCUGGUGUAUGUUUCUCGUGAGAAAAGACCGGGCUUCGACCACCACAAAAAAGCUGGUGCCAUGAAUGGUCUGGUGCGGGUUUCAGCGAUCCUCUCCAAUUCUCCUUACCUUCUGAAUGUUGACUGCGAUCAUUAUAUAAACAACAGCAAAGCCCUAAGAGAAGCCAUGUGCUUCAUGAUGGAUCCUACGUCAGGCAAGAAAAUUUGCUAUGUGCAGUUUCCCCAAAGAUUUGAUGGGAUUGAUCAACAUGACAGAUAUUCAAACCGCAAUAUUGUAUUUUUUGAUAUCAACAUGAAAGGACUCGAUGGAAUCCAGGGACCCAUCUAUGUUGGAACUGGGUGUGUUUUCAGAAGGAAAGCUUUAUAUGGAUAUGAUGCUCCUACCAAUGAGAAGCCCCCAAGGAAGACCUGUAAUUGUUGGCCGAAAUGGUGCUGCUUGUGUUGCGGAUCCAGAAGGAAGAACAUGAAAGAGAAGCCAAAGCAGAAUAAGAGGAAGAAGAAGCACAUAGAGGCAUCCACACAGAUACAUGCACUGGAAAAUAUUGGAUCUGUGGCUGCAGGAAUAGACAAUGAGAAAUCAUCCCUGAUGUCCCAGAGAAAAUUGGUGAAAAAGUUUGGGCAGUCUCCAGUAUUUGUAGCGUCUACACUUCAAGAAAAUGUAGUAACUCCAGGGGCCAGUUCUGCUUCACUUUUGAAGGAAAGCAUACAUGUCAUCAGCUGUGGUUAUGAGAAUAAAACAGAAUGGGGAAAGGAGGUCGGCUGGAUAUAUGGCUCUGUCACAGAGGAUAUUCUGACAGGCUUCAAAAUGCAUUGCCAUGGCUGGCGGUCUGUGUACUGCAUACCCAAAAGGCCAGCAUUUAAGGGAUCUGCUCCCAUCAACCUCUCGGACCGCCUUCACCAGGUCCUUCGUUGGGCCCUUGGGUCUGUUGAGAUUUUCUUGAGCAAACACUGCCCUAUCUGGUAUGGCUAUGGAUGUGGCUUGAAAUGGUUGGAACGUCUUUCCUACAUAAAUUCAGUGGUGUAUCCUUGGACAUCCAUUCCCCUGAUUGUAUACUGUACCUUGCCAGCAUUCUGCCUUCUUACUGGGAAGUUUAUCAUCCCAGAGAUUAGCAACUAUGCGAGCAUCAUCUUCAUGGCACUCUUCAUGUCCAUUGCUGCGACUGGUAUUCUAGAGAUGCAGUGGGGAGGUGUUGGGAUAGAUGACUGGUGGAGAAACGAGCAGUUUUGGGUGAUUGGUGGCGUCUCCUCGCAUCUCUUUGCUCUCUUCCAGGGUCUUCUCAAGGUUUUUGCGGGAGUCAAUACCAACUUCACUGUCACAUCCAAAGGAGGAGAUGAUGAUGGAGGGUUUGCCGAGCUUUACCUCUUCAAGUGGACGUCGCUGUUGAUUCCUCCACUGACAUUGCUGAUUAUCAACAUCAUUGGGGUGGUGGCAGGAGUUUCAAAUGCCAUAAAUAAUGGGUAUGAGUCAUGGGGCCCACUGUUUGGAAAGCUAUUCUUUGCCCUCUGGGUCAUCGUUCACCUCUAUCCAUUCCUUAAAGGAUUGAUGGGGAAACAGGAUAAAGUACCCACCAUUAUCGUGGUCUGGUCUAUUCUUCUGGCAUCCAUCUUCUCGCUCUUGUGGGUGCGGAUCAACCCAUUCCUAGCAAAAUCAAAUGGGCCUAUAUUGGAAGUUUGUGGAUUGGAUUGUGAUUAAGAUGGUGAGAUCUAUACAGGUUCUAUGUGGAGAGAGAGUUGUUUUGUCGGGAUGAGCCUGCCGGAAAA